AUGGAGCCCAUGGUACAUAUCCACCAAGAACAUCUUGCAGGAAUAGAAUCUGAGACAAGUCUCUCUAAGAUGCCAUUGACUUCUCAGAAAGACCCUUCCUCAAGUUCUUCUUACACAUUUCACAAGAUAUCCCAAGGGAAACAGAUGUGUCAGAAGUUAAAAGAACAGACUGAUCAACUGAAGACUAAAGUACAAGAAUUUUCCAAAAGCAUAGCACAGUAUUCUCCCUAUCAUUUGCAAGACAGGAGGCUGGUCCUCGAGAAACUGCAGGGACACCUCGAACUGCUGGAACAGGAGUUUCUGGCCAAUAAGGAGAAGCAUCUGACUUUGAAACAGCAAGUCCACAAGCAUGAAUCCCCAGCUGUCGACGAAUUUGAUCCAGAAAGAAAAGUAGGUGAAAUCUUCACGUUGGAGAUGCUACUUGAAGAUUUUAAAGAGAAAAUUAAUAAAGGCAAAUAUACUUCAGCUGUCUCUCUUCCUGUGAGUUCUCAAAUCAACCUGGAUGACUUGUCAUCCACAUCCUCUCCAUCCUCAAAUGAGUUACCCAAGGAGCACCCUGGCCGUCCUGCGUGGCGCCGGGGCCAUGUGGCCCCGUCCCGGCUCGGCUCAGUUCAUUGCCUUGGCUCUUCAACCAACCAGAAAGAGAAAACAGGGUGGGGAGAGUAUUCUCUCAUCUGUACUAGAUUUUUAAAUGUCUGGAGAAGGAAGGAAGUCAAGGCAGGGUGGAAGCUUUCUUUCUCUAAGCCCCAGGCCGUUACAGAACAAGCCCCACUGAGCCAGAAAUCAGAGUGGAGGAGUCCUGAGAUGGAGGAGCCCAACAAUGCUUCGGGGAGGCAGGACAGUGCGGAGACGACCGGUGCAAGCUGUGCCUUCUGCCACCAGGUCCUUGAAUGGAAGCAAAAAAUGGAGAAAAAAGGCCACAGAGGAAUCAACCAUGGAAGGUUUCCUGUUGCCAUUCAAGACAAGGCACGGCACCCAGACUCAGUUCUCGGUUCUGAUACAGGACUCAGCUGCUAUUCUGCUUCUGGGACUGGACUGCAGAGUAAUAAAUGUGAGAACUGCUGCACUAAGAUUCAUAACUCCCAGAGAAUCUGUGGUAAAGCAUAAACUAAAGAAUUUCAUUACAUAUUCAACACCCCGGGACAGAAUUUCUUUAAUCACAGCAAAAGAAGUGCCUUUGCCCAGCUCCACUAUUUAAAUGAAAAUAAAAAUUCUUCACCUUCUGCCAGAUCCUCCAGUUGGAUGUGUUCUGUUGAGAAGACAGUCCCUAAGACUCUGCAGAAGCAACAGGCAGAUUUCUUUACAAUCGCCUUGGUUUUGGGGUCUACAGACCAUGAGACCUCUUAUUCCAACAUACGAAUGAAGAAAGCAACUGAGUCACUUGAAAUAAUACUCGAUGGCUAUUUUCCAUGUUCCCUAGUUUAUUUACUUACUCAUUCAAAACCAAAAUGGAUCUGUUUCCAGAGUGCAAAUUCAAAAUCCUCUUAUGAUGAAUGUGAACUCAUACCAGGAAAUUCAGACCUUGCUACACCCUCACCCCAUUCCCACUCCUGCAGGAUUUCUGAAAGCACAUCCUCAAGCAACUUUACCGGUAUCGAAGAAACGGAAUCUGAGAUUUUAAACUCAUCUUUGGAUCAUGCCCUAAGGACAGCAACUAUUUUGAAACAAACUACUGAUCAAAUGAUUAGAACUAUUGCAGAAGAUCUUGCCAAAGUACAGAGAUGGAGGAACAGACUGAACUACUAGUUUGACUCAAGGCAACCAAGGAUUUUUAAAAAAUGCAGAGAAAACUUGGUCUUCACCCCAGAAGUAUUUUACUUAUUACACAACUUAUGAAGAUGACUUUCUAGAGAAAACACCAAAACUGCAAGAAAUGGGGGACACAAUGUGCUAAAAUGAAACAAAAAAUGGACCUCUGAUUCUUAAAAAUCAAAAUCAACACAUAUUUGCUUAAAAAUAAAUCUAUUAUUCCUAACUCAUAAUAAAAGAAAUCAAAAUAAUGAAAUAUACUUUUACCUAUUAGUGUGGCAAAAACUAAAGUUUGAAAGGAAGUAAACAUGUGCUUCAGAGAUAGUAAAUCGUUUCAGUUAGGAGCAACAACGAAAAAAGUCUUUUUCAGGGUCUUGAUACCAGAAUCUGUAACUGCUCAUUCUACUGAGGGUGGAGUGGGGUAGGGAAUCAGCUUAUACUAGGAAUUUAUGUGUGAUGACCUCUUAUGUCUUCAAAUCCAGUAAGAAAUUUAGGAAACAAAGGGUCUCUCCAGCUCUAAGCCUAAAAUGUAUGUGAAAUCUGAGGCCUAAACUGUAGGCCUCAAAGGAUCUCCUAUCAGUGUGAUAGGGCAGAGUGAUCACUGAGGUGUGCGGUGAUUGAAUGAAUGGACCAAUGUUUGCUGUCAUCACACUCUUAGUUCCAUUUAUCACAGGGCAUUGGAUUACUAUGUCUGUUCCACACAUGUACUAACCCUGGACAGAUAGUUACCAAGGCAUACAAAGAUCUCAGAUAAAAUGCAGACACCAAAAAUUUAACCCUCUCACUGGCAAUGUACUGUUCUCAUGCUCAGUCUCAAAGAGAGCUGUUUGUU